AUGGGCACGCAGCGGUCGAAUCGGCUCAAGCUCAUUCCGCGCGUCAUCGAAGGCAACUGGGCGGUGCGCGAAGGCGUGGGCAACACGCCCACGAUCCUCGGCAACAAGGUCACGCAGCGCUACUCGCGCGGCGCCACCUUUUGUGAAAUCGACUAUGACAUUGCGAGCAGCACAGUCGCGUCCGGCCUCUGCCGACUCCUCCUCAGCUACUCGCAGGACCUC